AUGGCCAAGUCAUACCUGCUGCCAUGGUUGCUGCUGCUGCUCAUGCUGUGUGGUCCAGGCUUUGCUGUCUGGACCACUUCAUCCCCGGCCUGUGCCCAGGGUCCCGAGUUCUGGUGCCAAAACCUGGAGCAAGCUGUGCAGUGUAAAGCCCUGGGGCAUUGCCUGCAGGAAGUCUGGGGGCAUGUGGAAGCUGAUGACCUAUGCCAGGAGUGUGAAGACAUCAUCCGCAUCCUUACAAAGGUGGCUAAGGAGGCCAUUUUCCAGGACACAAUUCGCAAGUUCCUGGAGCAUGAGUGUGACGGCCUCCCCUUGAAGCUGCUAGUGCCCCAGUGCCGCCAUGUGCUUGAAGUCUACUUCCCCCUGGUCAUCGACUACUUCCAGAGCCAGAUUACCCCAAAGACUGUCUGCCGCCAUGUGGGCCUGUGCCAGUCUGGGCAGCCAGAGACAGAGCAGGAGCCAGGGGUGGCAGACUCUCUACCUGACCCUCUACCAGACAAGCUGUCCCUCCCUAUGCUGCAAGGGACCAUCUUUAAGCAGUUUGGGCCUCAUACUCAGGACCUCUCUGAGCAGCGGCUCCCCAUCCCCCUGCCCUACUGUUGGCUCUGCAAGACUCUCCUCAAGCGAGUCCAAGUCGUGAUCCCCAAGGGUGUGCUGGCUGUGGCUGUGGCCCAGGUGUGCCACGUGGUACCCCUGGUGGUGGGUGGCAUCUGUCAGUGCCUGGCUGAGCGCUACACAGUCCUUUUGCUGGAUGUACUGCUGGGUCGCAUGCUGCCCCAGCUGGUCUGCGGCCUUGUCCUGCGAUGCACCACUGAGAAUGGUAUUGUCCCAGCCCCCCCAGCUCUAGGAUCUCUGGCAGAAGAGGGGCUGCUGCAAGACUCCGAGUGCCAGCUCUGCGUGUCAGUGACCACUCAGGCAUGGAACAGCAGCGAGCAGGCCAUGCCGCAGGCAAUGCACCAGGCCUGCCUCAACUACAGUUCAGAUAAGCAGAAGUGCAAGCAAUUUGUGGAGCAGCACACCCUCCAACUGCUGGCCCUGUGGCCCAAGGCCUCGGAUGCCCAUACCAUCUGCCAGGAUCUAGGAGCGUGUGCAGCCACCUUCAGCCCUCUCCAGUGUUUCCGAAGCCCCUAUCUCUGA